AUGAUGACCCCUGGAAGCAGUCUCGCUCUCCUCAUACUCGGAAUCAUGUCCCUGGUCGGCCUCGUCUUCUGGUUCCUCAAAUCCAAAAUCAACAAGUUUGUCGACGCCCUGCUUGCCUACAAGCGCAAGCUCACCGAUGCCGAGCAGGCUGCUGAAGACUCAACCGCCGCCCCGUCUUCUACCUACUACUACGGCCAACGAACCUCAUACGACCCUUCAUUUAUUCUCACGACCACCCUCCGCCUCUCGCCACCCAAGCGUCACCAAUUGCGAUCCCCCAAAAAAGAUGGUGGCACGCCGAGCUCUACGGAGCUGUACAAUCAGUUCCUUCCGACCAUCAAGAUGUCUCAACCGCACAGCUUCCCGCCCUUUCUGCACAACCCACUUGCGCCGAGAGCAGCAACGAACUCCAACGGCAGAUCGCGAAACACACUUUGGCUACGAGACGGUCACGGAGAGCGAGAAACAAGACCGUGUAGCGGGCGUCUUUUCCAGCGUCGCCGAGUCGUACGACAAGAUGAACGACUUCAUGUCUCUGGGCAUUCACAGGCUAUGGAAGUGUGUUCCUCCAAGCUCGUCACUGCUUCCCACUCCAGUACUGACACACGCCUCUCAAGGGACCAUUUUGUCUCCUCCCUCAACCCGGGAGCGACCACGCCCCUCGGCAAGCCCCAGAGAAUGCUCGACGUAGCCGGCGGCACAGGCGACAUCGCCUUCCGCAUGCUCCAACACUCACACGUCCACAACGCCAACCCGAACAUCCACAUCACCAUAUCCGACAUCAACCCGGACAUGCUGGCCGUUGGCAAGCAGCGCUCCCUCGACCUCCCCGCCUCCUACCAGUCCAACCUCUCCUUCCUCGAGGCCAACGCCGAGAUGCUCCCGGAGCAAAUCAAAGACAACUCUCUCGACCUGUACACCGUCUCCUUCGGCAUCAGGAACUUCUCCAACAUCCCCGCCGCACUGAGGGAAGCCCAUAGGGUCCUCAAACCAGGCGGCGUCUUUGCUUGUCUGGAAUUCUCAAAGGUGGACCAGUACCCUCUCCUGAAUGCCAUCUAUAAACGGUGGUCCUUUAGUGCCAUCCCCUUGAUUGGCCAGUUAGUCGCUGCUGAUAGAGACAGCUAUCAGUAUUUGGUGGAGAGCAUUGAGAGGUUUCCCAGCCAGGAGGCUUUUAGGGACAUGAUUAUUGAUGCUGGGUUUGCCGUGUCGGGCGAUGGCUAUGAAAACUUGACCGGUGGCAUUGCAGCUAUUCACAAGGGAAUCAAGCCGUUGUAA